AAACAAUUAAAGAACAUAUGAACUCUUUAUAUAUUUUGAAAUAAAUUUAAUAUCUUUUUAUUAAUAUAAUCACAAGUAGAUAGUUUUAACUAUUUUUUAUAACUCAACGUCACAUGGUGCUAGUUAAGUUUGACUAUUUCUCUGUCUGAUGUAGCAAAUAGCAAAACACAUUCUACUUUCUUUUUUAACUUGGCUUGUUGAACAAACCAAAUGACUCCAUGAAUCACCAUCUAUAAAAGAGCUAGUUUUGGUUUAUGAAAACAUAAGCUAAGAUGACAGAGGUGAAACUGCAUGGAUUUUGGUAUAGUCCUUUUACUUUUAGGGUAGUAUGGACCCUAAAUCUGAAGGGUAUACCAUAUGAGCACAUAGAAGAAGAUCGUUUCAAUAAGAGUCCUCAACUUCUUCAAUAUAACCCAGUAUACAAAAAGACUCCAGUGCUAGUUCAUGAUGGAAAACCCAUAUGUGAAUCCAUGCUCAUUGUUGAAUACAUUGAUGAGAUAUGGCUACAGAAUUCAUUGCUUCCUGCUGAUUCAUAUGACAGAGCUCAAGCACGGUUUUGGGUUAAAUAUGUUGAUGACAUGUUUUCAGGAAUUGCGGCGCACUUUCGUAGCAGAAGCGAUGAAGAGAGAGAGGAGGCGAAAGAGAUUAUAUGGGAGCGACUCGGAGUUGUUGAGGAUCUGUGUCUGGGAGAUGAGAGGAAAUUCUAUGGGGGAGAUGCCAUUAACAUUGUAGACAUAGCUCUUGGAUCUUUUGUCAAGUUUAUUGAGGUUCAAGAGGAUAUGUUUGAUGUGAAGAUCUUGCAAAGUGAGAGGUUUCCUCGCUUGAAAUUAUGGUUUAAUAAUUUCAAGGAUGUUCCGAUCAUUAAAGAAAAUACCCCUGGUCAAGAGGAGUUGGUGGCUUUUUUAAAGACUCUUAUUGAAAAAAUGAUGGCAAGGAAAUAGUGGCUUCUUGGAUUGAUAUAUCAUCAUGAGUCAUCUUGUUAUGUGUGUUUGCUUGUGUUGUUUUGUUAGUCAAUAAUCAAAGAUUAAAAUGGUUUCCUUUGUUUAAUAUUAAGAGUAUGUACCACCACACGUCUAAUAAAGUUAUAGAUAAGUUGAUUCCUACCUUA